UUCUCUAACUUAUUUUAAAGGGCUCGAUCGAGAUAUUGGAGAACCGACGAGAAUUAAACCAUUAUCAGACCAAACGAGUGCACGAUACACCGGUAUAAAUUGGACCCGGGCAGUUGCUAUACAAAACAACACGCAAAACAAACCGAAAAAACCAUAUCCACAUCCUCUUCUGCUAAACCCACAACACAUGUAUCUCUGGUCUCUUCAGUCCGCACCAAACCCGCUCAACUCCACCAUUUCAUUCCUCUACAGAAAGCCGGAAAUCCCAAAACCCAGGAAUGCAAUCCCGGCACGUGACAGAGUCAUUGACUUUGGGAAGUACAAGGGCAAAAUGGUAGGGACCCUUCCUUCAAAUUACCUCAAAUGGGUCUCCAAAAACUUGAGGGCACGUGACUUUGAAGAGUGGGCUAAGCUUGCUGAUGAAGUUCUUGAAGACCCAGUUUACAAAGACAGGAUAGAAUGGGAGUUUGCCCAGAAGGUGCUGAACGGCGACGUUUUGAGCUCGAAAAGUGUUCAGCUUCAGCAGAAGAGUGCUGUGUCGGAUUUGGUUGAGAUAAGCGAAAGGUUUGGAUGGGAUAAUGAGGAUAAGCUGGGCUGGGCCAAGGUUGAUUUCAGGCUACUCGGGACGUCGAAAGGGGGCAGGAUACCGAGGGCGUCAGACUCUGGGCCUAGGGUUAUGAGAGAUGGUGGGUUGGAGAUUGUGAAGCCCAAGGCGGGGGGGAGUGGGCCUGUCAAAGGAAGGAGGAAGGAGAGGCGGGAGAGGUUGAAGCUGAGGAGGAGGAAAAAUGGGGAGAGAAAUGGCAUUAAAGUUGAUGAUAAGGGUAAUUUUGGCAAUUCAAGUAAGAAUAAAUUAGAUGGAGAUCAAGAUCAAGAGGAGGUUGAUGAAGAUCGCAGGGUGGAUAUUAUUAAAACUAAAAGUAGUAGUGUAUUUCCAGGACGUGAAGCAUUCUUGAAGAAAGCAGUUAACAGGAGAAGAUUUUGAAUUGGGUUGUUGAUAAAACAUUUCAUUAGUUUCAUUAUGUAAUAAAAGUUAUUAACUCA